GAAUAAUGUCUUUGCUUUUUUCUCUCCCUUUAGGAAAAAUUUUGCAUCCCACAUGAAUUACGAAAAUCCUCCACCAUAUCCAGGCCCAGGUCCAACUGCCCCAUACCCACCAUAUACCCAACAACCAGGUGGUCCUCCAGGCCCCACCCCGUACCCUGGCUACCCGCCAGGGCCUGCUGGGCCGUAUCAACCAGGCCAGCCGGGUUAUCAGGGCUAUCCACAGUAUGGAUGGCAGAAUGCACCCCCACCUCCUGGACCAGUGUACGCAGAUGGACCGAAAAACACAGUGUACGUGGUGGAGGAGCGGCGAAGGGACAACACGGGGGAGAGUACCUGCCUGACGGCGUGCUGGACCGCUCUGUGCUGCUGCUGCCUUUGGGACAUGCUGACCUGAGCUCCGGGGAAGGCCCCGCGGCCAGCACCUCCCUCAGGGCGCCCUGCGUUCUCUGUCCUCUCGCGCUGCCGCCCCUCACCAUGUAAUCAAUGAGCCGCUUUGCACAGCCGCCAGCCCCUCGCGGGGGUCGCGCCCCUCGCCGUAGGGGAGGGAGUCCCUUGUCACGUCUCUCCCAUUUGUAUUCUAUUUUAAAGAAUGUGCUGAAUGAUACUUUUGGCCGAAGGCUCCCUUCUUACCCCGGUGUGUGUAUCCUUUUCCGUUUCACCUUUCCUGGUCAUGGAGAAAUAUGCAAUAAUUCAAGCCAAUGACUGAUUUUCCUUUGCUAGCUCCCACUUCUGGUUCAAUAAAUUUGUCAGAUACAG